GACUAGUGUGUAGUCAGUAGCCAUGCCCAGCAGAGCUGCAUUCAACUAGCUACUAUAGCUAUUAGCUACCUGGGUUUGGUCGAGGUUCUCUCUGGAGUUUUCCUCUUUGGAGCUUUCUCUGAAGUUUUUUUUAAAUUUUCUGAUGCGUUAUCCUUUUUCUCCUCGAACGGUCGGAGUUUCUUUGCACUAGGUUCGCCUGACACCAUGAAUGAUUACGCCGAGACCUCCUUGAGUAAAGAUGAGAAUAUCAAAAUGAAUCUAGACAGGGGAAACGGCUUUAAAAUAAUCACUGACAAUACAACGACUACCACAUCCACAAAGUCAAAAUCAUGACACGUGUUUUUAUUUUUGGACUUAAUUUAAGGUUAGGUUUACAAUCACACUUUAAAAAGAUACGUUUUAGAAAUAGGCGGGGUUUCUGACUUUGUGGCUAUGGUAACUAGUGAGUCGCUAAAGCGUGAUGAACCAACCCGGAUAACGCUGUGCUAAUUAUGGGACUUCCGAUCACGGCCGGUUGUGACAUUACACAACCCUGGUCUGUUGUGACGCCUCUAGCGCUGCAGUGCCUUAGACUGCUGCGGAGUCGGAGAUUUCCGAGAUUCCAAUUGUUUUGAACGGGAUAUUAGCUGCCUGCAGACGAUUGUGCCUGACUAGAAAUACAGGAACUUUGUGGACAGACUACUCUGACAGUGCAACACAGUUCUAUUCCUGCCACUAGCACUGGAACAAAGCAGAGAUGAUCAACAGCCUGUUCUUGAUCAACCCUUCAGGGGAGAUCUUCCUGGAGAAGCACUGGAAAAGUGUGGUCAGUCGGUCGGUGUGUGACUACUUCCUGGAAGCCAAAGAGAAGGCUCUGGAACCUGAGGACGUUCCACCUGUCAUUCACACCCCUCAUCACUACCUCAUCAGCAUCUACAGGGACAAGCUGUUCUUCCUCUCUGUCAUCCAGACUGAGGUUCCUCCGCUGUUUGUCAUUGAGUUCCUGCACCGCGUCGCAGAGAUGAUCCAGGACUACUUUGGGGAGUGUUCGGAGACAGUAGUCAAGGACCACAUGGUGAUGGUGUAUGAGCUGUUGGAGGAGAUGCUUGACAACGGGUUUCCCCUGGCAACUGAAUCUAACGUCCUCAAAGAGAUGAUCAGACCACCCACCAUCCUCCGAUCUGUUGUCAACACACUGACAGGGACCAGUAACGUUGGAGACACGUUGCCAACUGGUCAGCCGUCGACCAUCCCGUGGAGGCGGGCCGGAGUGAGGUACACCAAUAAUGAAGCUUACUUUGACGUGGUGGAGGAGAUUGACGCUAUCCUGGACCAAUCAGGUACAACAGUGUUUGCAGAGAUCCAGGGCGUGGUCGAGGCGUGUGUCAAGCUGUCUGGUAUGCCCGACCUCACACUCUCCUUCAUGAAUCCUCGUCUCCUUGACGAUGUGAGUUUCCACCCAUGUGUUCGCUAUAAACUCUGGGAAUCUGAGCGCGUCCUCUCCUUCAUUCCCCCUGAUGGGAACUUCACCCUAAUGACCUAUCACGUCAAUGCACAGAAUCUUGUAGCCAUCCCAGUGUAUGUGAAGCAGAGCAUCAGUUUCUUUGAGUGUGGUUCUGAUGGCCGUCUGGACGUGACCGUUGGACCGAAGCAGACCAUGGGGAAGACGGUCGAAGGGGUGAUGGUCACGGUCCACUUGCCCAAAACUAUCCUCAGCAUCAAUCUGACUGCCACACAGGGCAGUUACACAUAUGACAAUGGUACAAAGUUGUUGGUGUGGGACAUUGGAAAGUUGAACCCACAGAAGCUUCCUAACUUGCGAGGUAGUCUGAGUCUGCAGGCUGGAGCCCCCAAACCAGAGGAGAACCCCAGUCUGAACAUCGACCUGAAUAUACAGCAACUUGCAAUAUCAGGACUGAAGGUGAACAGGCUGGAUAUGUUUGGUGAGAAGUACAAGCCUUUUAAAGGGGUUAAAUACAUCACCAAGGCUGGGAAGUUCCAGGUGCGGACUUGAAGAGUGAAACCUAAAGGUCAUAGGUCAACUAGCCAACGUGCCUAAUGCUCUGGGUCAAAGGUCAACUCUUAGACACGCUGGCUGUCAACUAUUAUGAUCUCUAUUUGUAGUUCAGAGCCAUGAUCGGUCCAUUAUGACAAAUGUCUGAAACUUGUAAAAAGGUUCACUGUCACAGCAGACUGUUGUGGCUCUGCAACAGCAAACUGAAUUGAGCUUUUUACAUGCCCAGUGUCAACCCUUCUACCUUAUGCCUUUUUAUACCCCUAUACUCCUUCUAGAUUAGGGACAGAGCCUGUAUUAAAUAACUUUGUUGUUUAUUUAAAUGUUUAUUAUUUGGAUGGAAUGGAGUUGUUGGUCUGCGAAGGGAAUUGUUUUAGACAAUCACCCUAUUAUUUCUCCUGUAUCUGGAAUUAAAUAACCUCUACGGAAUCUCACUGUGUUCCAGCACAGCCCACCUCUCGCUUUCUGUCUGUCUUGCUCACUCAUCUCCCCUCUUUCUAUCUUCUAUUUCUCUGCUUUAGCAGGUAAAGAUUUAAUAUCUAGUUUUAUAUAAAGCAUAAUUUUUGACCAUUUUAUGACUAAUAACCCUCUAAUGCUGAGUAACUGCAACCAAGAGUGGAAUCUCAUUUGGUCAUACAUGGUGUUAAUUAAUAUACAAGCUAACAAUUACUGCAAGUAUUAAUAAAUAUGCAUAAAGUCA